ACACACAAUGUCUGCCAUUCAAGUAACACCAUCCAAAAAGGCUGCAUCAGCCAUUGAGUCUCUCAAGAUGUCUGAUUCACCCGCAAAGAAGCUCGACUUCGAGUCCACCGCGAACAAGGAAAAUAUCUUCAAGCCUAUCGUCGGCAUACCUGAUCUCGUCGAAGAGAAGACCGACGCGAAGCCCACCACGGCAGAGACCAUCAAAGCGGAGGAGGCCGAUGAGCCAUUGCUCCAAGAGAACCCCCACCGCUUCGUCAUGUUCCCCAUCAAGUACCACGAUGUCUGGCAAAUGUACAAGAAGGCCGAGGCUUCCUUCUGGACCGCCGAGGAGAUUGAUCUCUCCAAGGAUCUCCACGACUGGAACAAGCGUCUCAACGAUGACGAGCGCUUCUUCAUCUCCCACGUCCUCGCCUUUUUCGCCGCCUCCGAUGGCAUUGUCAACGAGAACUUGGUCGAGCGAUUCAGUGGCGAGGUUCAGAUCCCCGAGGCGCGAUGCUUCUACGGGUUCCAGAUCAUGAUGGAGAACAUCCACUCCGAGACAUACUCCCUUUUGAUCGACACCUACAUCAGCGAACCUAAGCAGCGGAACUAUCUGUUCAACGCCAUCGACAACAUCCCCUGCAUCCGCAAGAAGGCCGACUGGGCUCUCCGAUGGAUCUCAGACAAGAACUCCACUUUCGCGACGCGUCUCGUCGCCUUUGCCGCAGUCGAGGGUAUCUUCUUCAGCGGAUCCUUCGCUUCCAUCUUCUGGCUCAAGAAGCGCGGUCUGAUGCCUGGUCUUACCUUCUCCAACGAGCUCAUCUCUCGUGACGAGGGCAUGCACACCGACUUCGCAUGCCUCCUAUACUCUCUUUUGAACAACCGCCCUAACCGGGAACUCGUCGAGAGCAUCAUCACUGAGGCAGUUGAGAUCGAGAAGGAGUUCUUGACUGACGCUCUUCCCUGCGCGCUUCUCGGCAUGAACUCCGGACUCAUGUGCACGUACAUCGAGUUCGUUGCUGACCGUCUCCUCCUCACUCUCGGUAUCCCCAAGUACUACAAUGCCACCAACCCCUUCGACUUCAUGGAGAACAUCUCUUUGGCCGGCAAGACCAACUUCUUCGAGAAGCGCGUCGGUGACUACCAGAAGGCCGGUGUCAUGGCCAGCACAAAGAAGAACGAGAAAGAGGGCUCCUCGUCACCCGCCGAGGAGAAAGAGGGCCAGUCUGGCGACUUCUGCUUCGACGAAGACUUUUAA